AUGUAUUCGUCGGGCCCUUACAGCACCAGCCCUGUUUAUAACCGUUUCAGCGAGCGUUUUGAAAAGGACAUUGCACCGAUUUCUAGUGCUGGGGACAACCCCGUGUACGAAAACUGUGUGAGCUCGAUUCCGAGCAGCCAGAUGAUUGUUUCACACACUGUCGGGCUGCCAAGACAGUACCCCCACCAUUGGGGCGACAUGGCAGACAACUUCCAAGAACUGCCCGCUUUGGAAACAGCUCUCCGCGCGGAUCAAUACAACUCCAUCGAGUCGGCGGCUGCACCCGAAGCAAGGUCUGCCAAAAUAUCGCCCUACAAGGCUCUAAAUACAUGGAACUCCUGGGACUCUGGUAUGCAGUUAACUCCAGGCUCCGUGGAGCGGUAUCGCGAUUUAUCCCCACCAUCGUCUGAUUCUGGCCUGGGCGAUUCAGCCGCCCUGGAUUGUGUAAAAAUUAGUGGCGGAACCAAGGAAUACCUGUACUAUGGCCUGCCAAUCUCUGAAGUAGGCUUCUACCUUACACAGUUCUCCCCAAGACGCUAG